UGUGCCUCAGACAAGUUGGCUGCCUCAAGCCACACCAGAACGAGGCAGCGGGACGGCUGGAUGGGUGUUCACGGAGCCUCAGCUGCGAGCCAGCGCUGGGGACUCUGUCCUGCUCCAGUGCCUCUUCCUAGACCCAGUGGCCAAGGGCUGGACCAUGGCCAAAGUGGACUGGCUGCACGUGGCAGGAGUCGGCAGGAAGGAGGAGGAGAUGGUGUUCUAUUACUACAGUGACCAAAGCAUCCCCGUGGGCCGUUUCCGUGGCCGGGUGCAGUGGCAGGGGGACAUGUCCCGCUGGGAUGGCUCUAUCCAGCUGCAGGACGUGCAGGUGAAUGACAGUGGCACCUACGUCUGUGAGAUCAGACUGCUCCAGCACAGCAGCAUCUUCAAGAACCACACGGUGCUGCACGUCAGCCCCACGGGACAGAGAGCAGGACGAGCAGCUGCAGGUGCCCAGGAAGCUGCAGCUCCAGGAGAUGUUGGGUUUUGGCCUGUGACCGUGGGCUGUAGCUGUGUGGCUGUUGUGCUGGCUUUCCUGGCUGGACUCAGCCUGAGGAGGAGGUCUGCAGCCAACGUGGCCCUGGAGAGGACUGGGAACCAGGCCAGCAAGAUGAAAACAGAGGAAGCAGUUUACUCCUCAAUCCCUGGACCUGAGGCACCCAAGGCUGAACAGAAAGCAGGGAAGAAGAAGAAAGCUGAGGAAACCUACAUAACCAUGCAUCCCUCUCCCUUCCGGGAGAACGGUGUCUACGUGGAGCUGGCCAGGAGGGUGAUCCCAGCAGAAUGGAUGGCAGAGGGGAGACAGAGCAAUGGACAAAGUGAAGAACCCUGCAGCAGACGAGAGAUGGCACUUCCUUGGGCUCCGGAGGGGGGAAAACAGCCGUGUGGGAGGAUGUAAGCCCCUUAGCCAGCAGGUUGUGGGCGAGCUGUCUCUGUUUUUUGGGACAGGCCAGCGUUCUGCUACUGUCAGCUGUGCCACUUCUCUGCCUGCUCUGUGCCAGAGUCCCUGCUGGGCAAUGUCCCACCCUGGCUGGCUGCCAAGGGACCAGGGGAGAGGAGGGGCACAGCCCAAGCUUUGAUCCUGGUGGGUGCAACUCCAGUUCCUGAGAGAUAAUGAUCCCUAAGGAGAGCCUGGCAGGGGGAGAUGCAGCGGGAGCUGUGCAGCCGUGGCACUGGUAUCUCCUGAAGUUAAUAAAGCUCAGGAAGG